AUGGCAAAUCUAGCACUAUUUCAACUUAUUGUUUACAAUUUAUUGCAAGCGAACCUAAGAGAUGUGAUUAUAUUUCAUUGUGCGCAGAAGUAUGCUCUUCUGCCGCUUGUACAAUUAUUUUCGAAAAACUACAUUUUCUCACAAUUCGUUAAUCUCAAUGUGGAGCAAGAGCAACUGUCUAACUUUCACAAGGAUUAUUUGGAUAGCGAUUUGACCAAACUGGGAGUGUUCUUAGAUCUAAGCUGCAGCCACAGUUCCUACAUAACAAAUCAGUCAAGUCAAGCGCGUCUCUAUACGGAACACUUUCAUUGGCUGCUCUAUGAUGAAGUGGGCAACAUGACUCAACUAGAAGAACUCUACAACAAAGCAAAUCUAAGCAUUAAUGCAGAUGUCACCUAUGUGAAGUUAGCGGAAGAAUCGAAUGAAGGCAGCAUUUUUACCCUCUAUGAUGUCUAUAAUAGAGGCAGCCAUUUGGGAGGCAAACUCAACGUUACCAUCGAUCAGAAUGUUUACUGUAAUCGAAGCAGUUGUGAAAUCAAGGAGUAUCUGAGUGAGUUGCAUACGAGAACCAGGCUACAACAGCGCAGUAAUUUAGAGGGUAUUACCUUCAGGCAGGUGGCGUUGGUCACCGUGUUGCCGUUGAACUCAAGCGAACAAGUGCUUCUCGACUUUUUGAACAGUGAGCAAGAUGCUCAUGUGGAUUGGAUAUCUCGUCUGGGUUAUCGCAACAAUCUGCAUUUGCAGGAAAUGCUGCAAUUCAACGUCACCAAUGUUUGGGUGGAUCAGUGGAGUCUCAACGAUACCAUUGGCGGUGCCAUGGGUAAAGUGGUCAACGAGCUUGUGGAAUUAUCGACCACAGCUUUUGUACUCUCAACUGCACGGCUAAAGAAGAUCUUUCCCACCACCGACAUUGGACAAUUUCGCUCGGUUUGCAUAUUUCGCACACCACACAAUGCGGGCAUCAAGGCUGGCGUUUUUCUCGAGCCCUUCAAACCAAGUGUUUGGCUCGUUUUUGUCGCUUUGCUGGUGCUCUCUGGCCUGCUGCUGUGGCUGAUAUUUCGACUGGAGCAUCAUUGGAUGCGACGCUAUCUGGCCUAUAUACCCUCGCUUUUGACCAGCUGCCUGAUUAGUUUUGGCGCUGCCUGCAUUCAGGGCUCGCACUUGAUUCCACAUUCGACGGGCGGACGACUGGCGUUCAUAGCACUUAUGCUGACCUCCUUUCUCAUGUACAACUAUUACACAUCGAUUGUGGUGUCCACCUUAUUGGGUUCGCCAGUCCGUUCCAAUAUUAAAACCAUACAGCAGCUCGCAGACAGUUCACUAGAUGUGGGCUUCGAAACAAUACCGUUUACUCGGGUAUACUUAAACAGUUCCCCUCGUGCUGAUAUCAUCAAUUUGGUCAAGCGAAAGGUUGAUGGUCGCAAUCCCAGCAGCAUUUGGUUCUCGGCUCAAGAAGGCGUGUUACGAGUUCGCGAUCAACCUGGCUUUGUAUUCAUCUCAGAGGCUUCAUUCUCUUACAACUUUGUAGAGAAAUAUUAUAUGCCUCACGAGAUAUGCGAACUGAAUGAGAUCCUCUUUCGCCCGGAGAGCACUGUCUAUACCAUUGUGCAUCGCAACUCAACGUACAAGGAGCUGUUGAAGCAGAUACAAUUGAGGAUGCUAGAGGGCGGCAUGACCCAGAAGCAUCGACGUUUCUAUACGAAGACCAAGCUACACUGCUUCUCCAACAAUUAUGUCAUCAAUGUGGGCAUGGAAUAUGCUGCACCUCUCUUUAUGGCUCUGCUGGCUGCCUACAUUCUCUCAUUUAUUAUUCUAGUGCUUGAGCUGGGAUGGUCAUAUCUGAGUAGACACCACUUGCAGCGUUCGAUCGGUGGUCAGUAA